CAGAAUUUAUUAUUUUUUUGCUGACAACCCAACAAGACUCUGAGACUGCAGAUACUAUGUAACGCUUGCUUCAUUACAAGCACAAGGAAAUGUAAUCAUUAAGGAAGCUGAGGCAAAAAUAAGACAUUGUUGUUGUAAGUGUAAGAUUCAUGCCAAGAUUGAGAUGAGAUGCAGUUCACGCCACUGGUGAUAUUUAGUACAUGUUGUUGUUCUGUUUCAUCCGCAAAGUGAAAGUUAUCUUCUUGCAGAAUUUGCAUUAUACUUUUUUUAUGCACGAUAUGUAAUUCAAGAUUAGCCAAAAAUACAAAAUAAGAGGUGCUGAGAAUUGUUUAGGGUUUGCAAUUGUUUGAAACUGUGGGAUCCCCUCAUUGACCUCCCACCCAGGAGGACUCCCGCUCAUGGCCAGCAGGGGGAGUGCCAGGCCCAAUGGCAGCCUGACCCAAACCAAAAUAUGUCAGUUCAAGUUGGUACUGCUUGGAGACAUGGCGGUUGGCAAGUCCAGCCUUGUGCUGCGCUUUGUCAAGGGCCAGUUUGACGAGUUUCAGGAGACUACUAUUGGAGCUGCCUUUUUAGCACAGUCAGUGUGUUUAGACGACACAACAGUGAAGUUUGAGAUUUGGGACACAGCGGGACAGGAGCGCUACCACAGCCUGGCCCCCAUGUACUACCGCGGAGCGCAGGCGGCCAUCGUGGUGUUUGACAUCACCAAGCCGGAGACGUUUGAGCGAGCCAAAGCCUGGGUGAAGGAGCUGCAGAGGCAGGCCAGCCCCAACAUCGUCAUUGCCCUGGCGGGAAAUAAGGCCGACCUGGCUGACAAGCGCAUGGUGGAGUAUGAGGAAGCCCAGACUUAUGCAGAGGACACUGGCCUGCUGUUUAUGGAGACCUCUGCCAAGACCGCCAUGAACGUAAACGAGCUGUUUCUGGCUAUAGCAAAAAAGAUGCCGAAAACGGACACCCAGAACCCCACACACGCCGCACGCCACAGGGGGGUGAACCUCCAGGACCCCGAUGCCCAAUCGACCCGGGGCUGUUGUGGGAACUAAGCCACCCUGCCCCUCAUCCCUGGGCCUGGUGAUCUGGAGGACUCCCCCCUCCCAGACCCCACCCUGCCACUAUUCAAAGAGAUGGAGUGAGACGGGAGGAGGAGGAGGAGGAGGAGGAGGAGGAGGCUGUCCUCCACCAGAUUGUUCUCUGCCAGAAUGUGAGUGGUAGACAGUCCCAAAUUCAAACUAUGUGAGGGAGCAAUGGAGUGCCCAGGAUUUUGUAUUAUAAAUGGCACAAAUAGUAGAUUUUUUUUGUGUUUAACUCAUGAUUCCUUUUUCGAUUAUGCAAGCGGAGUGUUGACUCAAGUGUCAGAAGCGAGGGAGGGAUUGAAUAACAGGACAGCGAGUCUGUGCAGCAGGUGGAGCAGACAGCGGCAGAAAGUGAAAGUUUAUUCUCCCUGCAUUUCAGUACAUACCCACGCUCCUUUUGGCCGCCUUGGGCUCUGCUGUGAAAGCAAGCCGUCCCGUUCAGUGUUGUCUGCGGGGCAGGAUGCCCCGUUUUAGAAUCGGGAAUCUCACGUAUCCCGUCUCUGCAGGGCAUUCCCAGACACUUGCCUCAUGGUUGGCUGAUAUUAAAAAUCAAUCAUGAACCCUGAGCAUCAGAAAAAUCAGAGACGUGCUACCAAAUUAAGAGCUACAUCCGUUUUUUUUUUUUCUUUUCCCAUUUUCAUUUUCUGAGCUUCUGCUCCCCUCAUCCACUCCCAGCCACUGUGAUUCCUGCUAUGUAACACCAUGCUCAUGGUUAGCGGCAUCACUUCUCUGCAUUUAGUAAUAGCUGUUACUUUAAGAACGGCAAGGAAGAGUAAGGAACAGUAUCUCCCAGCAAUGGUCAGGGUGUUUUUCUGCACUGGUCCCUGUCCCCGUUGUAGAUGUGCACACUACUGUAGAAUGUGGUAUUUAAUGAUGGAGUUUCCCUCCAUUCUGCCUUGCUACUGAACCUGUUUGUUACACUGUUACGACAGUGCCGGAUGUACAGUGCAUAAUAAUGCAUAUUGAUUUUAACCCCAUUAAUAGCUUAGAACAACCUGACAAUGGGAUCUAAUAUAUUAAUUAAAUGUAGAUAAACUCGCAAAAAGAGACACUAAACCAUUGGACGCUCUCUGAUGCAUGGUACCAGAUGUUGGUACUUUAAAGGAAUGAAGAAUAGACAGAGAGAGACAGAGAGAGACAGAGAGAGACAGAGAGAGACAGAGAGAGACAGAGAGAGACAGAGAGAGACAGAGAGAGACAGAGAGAGACAGAGCACCGCCCUUGUUCUUUGUGUUUGCCUAACAAAACGGAUUUUGGGCAACACAGCUUUUUUCUUGCAACAUGCCUGAAACAUAUGCCGCCUUUAUUUUAAACCUCUAAAGAAUUUAGGCUUUGUUAUUAUAAAUGAUUAAUCUGGGGUUCUUAUAGUUUAUCCGAAUGCAUUUCUAACCGUACGAUGCAGUGACUCAGCUGGAGAAAGGAAGAGGCCUGUGAAAAGCUUGACAGUUGCGGCACGUUGAAUCGUAAUUAAAUGCUAAUGUUUUUAAGCAUACGGUGACUCCCACUGUGCAACUCAUAUCCUCACACUAUGUGCAAAGUAUAUUCGCCAUUCACUGGAGGCAGGUUCCAAUGGUUAGAGUAUAUUUUGAAUGUGCCUCAUCUUUUAAAGGGAGCUCAUGGUCCCUCUAGCUAGUGCUUUGAAUGGCCUGCCGGUCCUAUAGACCGAUGAUCAGAAAUUCAGUAUGCAAUCCAAAUACAGUACAAAUACGACCACAAUCACUCAAUUUUCAAGACACAGUGAUAACAGAAUGUGAUAUCUAAAAGAGGAUACAUUUUUAAUUGUUGACAUCAUUGCACUCCUCAUAUUCGCCUUUUUGCCAUUAAAUCAGUGGGAAGGAAAGUCCUCUGAAUGAAUAAAGCAUGUGUGUCAUUGUUUUGAUGUUAUAAGCAACCUGAACUUGUGUUUUGGAUCUAUAUUGUAAAUAAGACAUGAAUCUAUUUUAUAAACCAUCACACAAUAAAAGAUGACACUUUGUGACUCUGUGGCAAAGGCACAGACCAAAAUAUCUGCACCAAAUCUAGAAAUUAGGCAAAACAAGAUGUUUCAUAAAUGAGCUGAGUGACAUUUAAGCCUACUUUAAUACCCAUGCAUUUGUAUAUGUGUAAUAUUGCUCCUUUGCUUUUUAAUUUGCAUAGUAAAUUAUUUUUUAUUCAUUUUUUUCAUAUUCUUGGCAUGAUGUGUAUCAGUGUUCAUUUUUUAUGCUCAUUAGUUUGGUCUUAUCUUGGCAGUAUUCUUCAAAGUCCAGUUAGGAAAACAGCACAAAACCCUCUCAUUCUAAGGCAUUGACCCAACCAGUGAGCUGCCUGCAGUGCCAUCUAAUGCAGUGCCAGUUCCUCCCAGAAGGGUAUAACCAUACAAUCACACCUGUUCUUUUGCCCCAAAGUGGAUCUGGCUCUGCACUGUUUCUCCAAGGAGAUGGAAUUAUGAUUCAGUUCUUACUGAAGGGCCGGAACUAUCUGCAUGCACACACUGGUUCAUUGAUGUUGCACUGAAGCAGUGUGUGCCCAUUCUCACCUUUCACAACUAAAAGCCACAGCUAUUUAUAUACUAACGUAAGGCUUAUGAUUAUUUAACCAGUUACUGGUUGGGAGCUGAAAAUCAGAAAGGAGAACAGACAAACGGCAGAUUUGUUCAGGUCCUUUAAGAUGUGAUGUUUCAUAUAUUCUUAAAGGGACAGAAUCACACAUAUUGUUGGUUAAGUCAUGUAUAACUGGAUUUACUGAAUUAAAAACAUAAAAAACA